AUGACUGAAUACUGCUUUUGUUAUUGCCACAUAUCUCAAUAAUAAGUGAAAAAAGUGUAUUAUGUCAUCUUUGUUUACACAGAUUGCAAAGCUGCACAUCCCAGCCAUGGCCGCGCCGAACCCCUCAACCCUCCUGCCGCUGGAGCUGGUGGACAAAUGCAUCGGUUCUCGCAUCCACAUCAUCAUGAAGAGCGACAAGGAGAUCGUUGGGACUCUGCUUGGCUUCGAUGACUUCGUGAACAUGGUCCUGGAGGAUGUGACGGAGUAUGAGUCAACGCCUGAAGGAAGGAGGAUCACCCAACUUGACCAGAUUCUGCUCAAUGGGAACCACAUAACAAUGCUUGUUCCUGGUGGUGAAGUACUGGACUAAGCUUAAGUCUGUAGGUUUCUCUAAUACAAGCCUUUCUUCCUAUAGUAUGUGUAAGGCCAACACAUUUCCUCACUCUUCACCUUCCCUUCCAUUCUGUGUGUGAGGAGCGUUGGUGUCCAUUUGAUUAAAAGUACAAACACCAUCA